AUUACCAACGGUGGCAAGACCACUCUGACAAACAGAUUGAUAAAAUCCCUUCCCAGCUGUUGUGUCGUACAUCAGGAUGACUUUUUUAAGCCCCAGGACCAGAUCAAAGUUGAAGAUGGAUUUAAACAGUAUGAUGUGAUCGAUGCUUUGGAUAUAGAUGCUAUGAUUGAAACUAUUAGCGCAUGGAAAAAAGACCCUGUGAAGUUUGAGAGAUCUCAUGGUAUAAACAACACUAUGGAUAAUGAGCCGUGCCAAGAGAAUGAGGAGCAAGAAAAAUGUCACAUCCUGAUCGUAGAAGGAUUUCUUUUAUACACCCAUGAAUCUCUAAUAGAAAUGCUCACCCAUCGCUAUUUUAUUACAAUACCCUAUGAUGAAUGCAAGAAGAGAAGGAGCUCCAGAAAUUACACCGUUCCAGAUCCACCAGGCCUUUUUGAUGGCCAUGUCUGGCCAAUGUAUGUGAAACACAAGAAGGUUAUGGAAGACUUGAAUGUUGGUGUGGAAAAACUUGAUGGAACAAACACACGGGAAGAAUUAUUUAACAGAGUAUAUGGAGAUGUGCUAAACCUGAUAAAUUGCAAC